CGUCCGUAACCCGCAGGUUGUGAAUUCGCCCAACACCUGAGAAAUAAAGCACGACCGAACAAUUUCGAGGCGGGCGGGGAAGUGGGGCGAAAAGUUUGCCGGAGCUCGGGCGACUCGGGGUGGGGGGGGCGCGAUGCCGCCCUGGCUGCUCGGCGGCCUCUGCUGCGUGCUGGCGGCGCGGGCGGCGCUGGGCGGCGGCUCCGCGAGCGCGGAGGCGGCGGCGGAGGAGGAGGAGAAGCUGAUCCGGGUGCUGGUGCUGCUGCCGCAGGACGACGCCUACCUCUUCUCGCUGGGGCGGGUGCGGCCGGCCAUCGAGUACGCGGUGCGGAGCCUGCGGGAGAGCGGCUCCGGUUUGCCGCCCGGCUACGCCUUCCAGCUCACCUACGAAGACUCGGCGUGCGGCAACCGCGCCCUCUUCAGCCUGGUGGACAUGGUCGCCCUGCAGCGCCGCCGCCCCGACCUGCUGCUGGGGCCCGUCUGCGAGUACGCGGCGGCGCCGGUGGCGCGGCUGGCGGCGCACUGGGACGUGCCCAUGCUGUCGGCGGGGGCGCUGGCCGCCGGCUUCGGCGCCAAGGGCGGCGAGUACUCGCACCUCACCCGCGUCGCCCCCGCCUACGCCAAGAUGGGCGAGAUGCUGCUGGCCCUCUUCCGCCACCACCAGUGGAGCCGGGCCACGCUGCUCUACAGCGACAGCAACCCCGAGCGCAGCUGCUACUUCGCCAUGGAGGGCGUCCAUGUGGUCUUCCAGGAGGAGGCCUUCCACAUGGCCGUACACAGCUUCGACGAGAACAGCCGCCACCUCGACCUCGAUGACAUCGUCCGCGCCCUUCAGACAGGCGAGAGAGUUGUUAUCAUGUGUGCCAGCGGUGACACAAUCAGGAACAUCAUGUUGGCUGCUCAUCGGCAAGGAAUGACAAACGGGGACUACGCUUUCUUCAAUAUUGAACUCUUCAACAGCUCAUCAUAUGGAAAUGGCUCUUGGAGAAGAGGAGACAAACAUGACCUCGAAGCCAAGAAGGCAUACUCGUACCUCCAAACCAUCACUCUGCUGAGGACUGUGAAGCCUGAGUUUGAGAAGUUCUCCCUGGAGGUGAAAAGUUCUGUUCAGAAGCAAGGUCUGCAAGAGGAUGACUAUGUGAACAUGUUUGUGGAAGGAUUCCAUGAUGCUAUUCUUCUUUAUGCUCUAGCUUUACAGGAAGUCCUGAAGUUUGGUUUCAGUAAGAAAGAUGGGGAAAAAAUUGUUCAGCAAACACGGAACAGAACGUAUGAAGGCAUUGCAGGGCAGGUGUCCAUUGAUGCCAAUGGAGACAGAUAUGGGGAUUUCUCUGUGAUUGGAAUGACAGAUCCAGAGGCAGGCACGCAGGAGGUGAUCGGGGACUACUAUGGAAAGCAGGGGCGUUUUGAAAUUCGAUCAAAUGUGAAAUAUCCUUGGAAUCAUGGCAGGCUGCGACUAGAUGAGAGCCGAGUUUCGGAGCACACAAACAAUACACCGUGUAAAUCAUCAGGUGGUCUAGGAGAAUCAGCAGUUACAGGAAUAGUUGUGGGCGCCUUGCUUGGAGCAGGAUUGCUGAUGGCUUUUUACUUUUUCAGAAAGAAAUACAGAAUAACUAUUGAGAGACGAACUCAACAGGAGGACUGUAACAUGGGGAAACAUCGGCAGUUACGUGAAGACUCCAUUAGAUCUCAUUUUUCUGCUGCAUAAAGAAGAAGAAAAAGAAUCCCAUUCUUCCUGGGGGAAAAAGAAAAAAAAAGAAAAAAAGGGAAAAAGAGGCAACCAAAGAAAUCAGUGGAAAAAGAA